AUGUACCAACUCAUGCAGAAGAAGGAGAGAUUAGGCAUUGCCACCACAGUUGAGCCAGACGAUGGGCCGAACCUGGAGGUCUUCCUAGAGAGAUUCGAUCUGCACAAACAUCCGGAAACCGGGCAUAUUUCUUCUCUGUCGGACGCUGAGAUAUUUGGUGACCCUACAAUUCCCGCCGACGAUGGUAACUCCCCAGACGAUGUGUCCCAUCCCCUCCCCCGAGUUUUCGACCAGCCAGAAAAGGCCGCUGUCACUGCUAUGCGUGUGGAGGACGAGGAUACAGGAGUGGAGGUCGACGACACUCGGGGCAUCUCUUCACCUCCAGAAGCUGAGAAUGUUGACGAGGACCAAGGAUAUGGUUCGGACGGGAAGAGAGGGAUCAAGCGCAAGCGGUCGUCAACACCUUCGGAGGGUUCUGUCGUCGAACCUUACCGUUCUCGCACUCGUUCGCACGUCUCCCAUACAUCACGUCCGAGGUCCCUCUCAGCAUCCACAGACGAGCUAUGCCUUCGUCCCGAGAAACGUCGUUCUCCUUCUCCACGUUCUGUCGGAACUCCUGACGUACUUGACCCGAACGAGCCUACUGCGCUUCCCGCUGCUGACGCGGAAGAAGACUACAAGGAGGAUGUGCGAGUCGACGAGACAUCGUCGGACACGGUCUCUCAUCUAUUACAUGAUUCUCUACCCCCUUCAUCCAGGCCGAGUCCUGCCGUUGAGCCUAGCCGACGGCUCGAAUACAUCACAAUCGCACCUCCCCCGGCUCCUGUCGUCGCGUUCAACUUCGCCUCUGACGAACGGCUGGCAGACGAGAAUACGAUGUCGGUUGGAAAACCGCGGCUACCCCCUGAUUUUUUCCGCUUCAAGCAAGAUUAUUCACUGCCUCCUUUGAAUGUCCUUCCCGCUGAGUUUCAGCGCAAGAGCACACCUGGCCGACACAAGAAGAAGCGAGACAAGGAAAAACAUGAGAAGGGUGGCGACAAAGGAGAUUCCAAAAAGGAUGAUUGGAUGCCUAUCGGCAUAAACAAAUGGGGUGCCUUAGUUCGUGCCAAUCCAGUCUGGAAGAGGCUUGCAAAGGCGACCAAGUGUGUCAGCACCCACGAGUGGAAUGUUGCCUACAGAGAGCUUAGACUGAUCCGCACUAUGGAACGAGUCGAAAUGCUCAAAGAAGGCAGUGGCUGGAGUUUCCGACAACCGAAGAAGCAGCGAGCUCUAGGCGGGACCGCCAAAUCUCACUGGGACUACCUCAUGGAUGAAAUGAAAUGGAUGCGUACCGACUUCCGCGAAGAAAGGCGAUGGAAGAUUGCACUCGCCUACAAUCUCGUUCAUGCUGUGAUGGAUUGGCACGAAGCAGGAUCGCUGGAAGAACGGGUAAACAGGGGCAUUUGUGUGCUGUGGAGGAGGCCACGCCCAGAGGAGCAAGAGGAGGCAGGCGAGGACGCUGAUGUGCGCGAUGAUGUCGAGCUGCCCGACCUGGACAAUGACCGGGGAGCCGACUCUAGGGAAACCAACACGCCCGCUAACGACUCCGAAUCUGAGGACGACAGUGACGAUGAAGGGGACAAGGAGAGGGCUGGUGUCUAUGAUCCGCUCGCUCCAGGGAACCUGGCACGGGACGCGGCUGAGGAGUGCACCAACCAUGAUCCUGGUCGGAGUUCCUUCAAGGUUGGUCCUACCGAACUGAGACCCAAGACCGAAGACGAUGAUGAUCUUUCUGCCUUACGUCUGCCUGAGAGUUCUACUCGGCGAAAUCAGACCAACAGCGACGCGUUGUCUUCGCAGAAGAAUGGACAGUCUCACAUCGACGCUAAGCCGGAGGAAGGUGGUGGGGUUGGUAAGCAAGGACUCAAGUCAAUCUCGAGGGACCCUACGUUGGCUGCACCGGCCUCGAAGUCCAAGGCGAGGCGCGAUGCUAAUACUUAUGGACCGUUACGCGACCAGAUCCUGAGCCUUGACCUGGACAAGCUGGUCCUUGAUCUUGACGACGUUGAGCUCGUGAAAGGCAUGGCUGAACUCUCGACCGAGGAGAACCCACAUUCGAGUCACACUGCUCCCCUCCCUCCCGCCGACCUCUCAUCUAUCUUCCCUGAACUUACACCGUACGGUAUGCUGGAGCCAGUGACAGAAUUCCCCGUCGACAGAAAGAAGUCUGACAAACAAAGGUUGGACAAAGACGACCCAACCAAACGUAUCGACGAUACAUUGUACAGCAAGUUGACGCCCAUGAGCGACUUCAUGCUACAAAAGCCCACUUUGGUUGGUGCUCUUCAGCCAUCAUUGCACUGGAGUGGCGACCACUGGGAGCAUAUCGAGGAGAUGCCAGUGACUAUCGACUAUGGCUCCCCAAUGUCUCGGACAGUCGAUAAUACCUCUUGCGAUCUUUUCGAGGGCCCGAAAGCCGGCUCUCCCUCUGCGCACUCAUCGCUACUUCCUCAUGGGUCCAAGGACGCUCGCAGACGUGCCGCCGACAUCAUGUGGACCCCGCAAGACGAUGCGUUGUUGAAGCAAUUGGCAGGCAUGUAUUCGAACAACUGGGCUCUGAUCACGGAUGCGUUCAAUUCAUCCCGGGUAACGAUCGCCACGGACAGGAGGAGCGUUGCGGACUGCUUGGAUCGCUGGAACACGCGAUGGGGCAGAUCUGACGCUGGUACUGACGAUACCCGCACACAGACCACCUCGGCGCCGACUCAGAUGACGACGCGGUACAAGCGUGCAGCGAGCAACGCAGCAGCUUCGCUCGCUGCAAACGCGGCCGCCUCGACAGGCGUGGACGCGAAGAAGCGAAGGCACAAUCUUAUGCAUGAUGCUAUACGGAAGGCCAUGAAGAAGAAAGAGGCCGCAGCAAAACAGAAUGCAACGCAACGCAAGCCUGCAGCCGUGCACGAUACUCAUGGCCAAUACAACAAGCUGCCUAGGUAUACGCCUGCGGAACUCAGUCGUAUGAAACAUGAAAAAGAGGCACGCGAACAACCCAAACUAAUGAUGCGUAAGAAUGACCUAAUCACCCGUCAACAGACCCUUAUACGAGAGCAAGCGCAACAGCGACAGCAGGCACAACUGCUUCAGCAGCAGCAGCAGCAGCAGCAGCAGCAGCAGCAACAACAACAACAACAACAACAACAACAGCCAGGGCAGCAACAGCAGGCGCAACAGCCACCUUCCAACGGGACGCCUAGGCCUGUCGCAAAUGGAAUACCGCAACAGCAAGCAUCUCAAGUCCCGCAGAUCCGGACGCAAGUCGGUAUAUCCCAACAACAACGGCUAUCCAACCCUAUGGCCCUGGGAAACAGCCGUCUCUCGCCGACACAGCUGAUGCAGGCUCAAGUGCAGGCGCAGGCCCAAGCUCAAGCGCAGGCGCAGGCCCAAGCUCGUGCACAGGCCCUCGCACAAGCGCAAGCCCAGGCAGCCUCGAGUGCGAUGAAUAACGCGCACCUCUCGCCGCCGUAUGCUGCGCGUGCUACGAGCUCCUCGCCGGCGAUCCCCCAACAGGCGUCGCCGCCGCACGUAGCCGCGACACCCGCGAACGGCGCGAGCGUGAGCUCCUCACGCCCAUCGUCAACGCAGCCACACGCGGGGAUGGCGCAGCAGCCGCAGGGCGUCGGCGUACCACGCCAGACGAGCUUGGGCUACUACAAUAUCCCGACGCUGCAUAAUGCGCAGUUCACGCAGGAGCAGCAGAUGGAGCAUACGAUGCAGCUGCAGAAUCUGUUGAGGAACGCGGCGAAUAUGACCCAGAAUGCGCAGAGCGGCGCGUACCAGCAGCAGCAGUGA